AGACACCGAGGAAGAAAAGCGGAAGUACAUAAGCUCAUUGUUUAUGUUCAUGGGGAUAGAAGAAGCCAUGGACAGCAAACGGCGCGUGAACACCUCAGUAUCCGCCACUUUAAACGCAUUAACGUGAUGUUUUCCGAGCUGCCUGCCGGUUGAGCCUUGUCAGGAUGGAGGAGGACGGACAGUUGCGGUCUGUCUUGUUCCUCAUGACUUACCUGCUGAUGAAGCGCAGGAGGGACAUCAACGACGCCAACAACCAGAGGCGCAAUGAGAUCCAGAGGCGGAUCAGACAUCGGCAGUACUUCUUCCAGAGACAGAGGAGGAUGAUAAUGGUCAGUCCUUCUACCCCGACUCAUCUCUGUCAUAUAAAUAUAAUAUUGCAUUAAUACAAACUAUAAUAGUUGACAUUUACCAUCACAUCUAUUUCUAGGACAAUACAUAUUCUACCCUUGUAUUUGUGUGCAUUUCCUAUGUUGAUCCAAGUUUUAUUAUAGAAUUUGAAAAGAUAGAAAAUAAUAAAAUAAUUAUUAACAAUGAAAUAAUAAAUAAAUAACAUAAAUAAUACCAAUGCAAUCAUACAAAUAAUACCAAUGAAUGACUGAUGAAUGAUGUUGAGGGUGCCACAUAUGGUUUUCAAUCUCAAAGUGUAACGCAUUCAGCUACAAGAGUGGCCUGGGGCUGAUUUUCACAACAUUCCAAGUGAUAAAGCAUUGUGUUUACUGUAAAAGUAUCAUUGGCAGUAAGAAUUAUAGGCCUACAUAAGCAGCAACACUAAAAUGUUUUUACUUUAUUUUAUUUUUACAUCAAUAUAUAGUAUCUGAUUAUACAGAAAGCAUCACUUAUUCAUGCAAAUAAUAAAAAAAAUAUAUAUAUAUAUAUAUAUUUUUUUUGAUUGCUCAUGGGGGCACCCGACUAGCGGCGGGGCCCUAAACAGGCGCUUAGUUUGCUUAUGCCUUGGGUCGGCUCUGACAGUAGCUUUACAAAGGACAUUGGUGAGUUGCAGCUUGUGAAUUAUUGUGAAUGAAAUCUUAAUUCUGUUGGUGAUCUGUUCCCCAGAUGAUGCUGGCAGGAGGUAUCCGUUCCAAUGCCCGCAUCCGCACACGUCCCUGGACCACAACUCCUAGCACCGACUGGUGGGAGCGUGUGGUCAUGACCGAAUUCCAGCCGUCUGAUUGGCUGGAUAAGUUCCGUAUGAGUAAGGAGACCUUUUUCUACCUGUGUGAGAAGCUAAGGCCUCGCCUGGCUCGCCAGGACACCAGCUUCCGUCUGGCGCUGCCUGUGGAGAAGCGUGUUGCGGUUGCUCUGUGGCGUCUGGCAUCCAACAUCGAAUAUCGCACCAUUAGUACCCUGUUUGGUGUGGGUAAGUCCACAGUGUGCAGGUGUGUCCGAGACAUGUGUCACGCCAUCGUGGCGCUCCUCAGCUCCAUCUACCUGCGGCCUCCGUGUGAGCAGGAGCUGGAGGACUCUGCGCAGCUCUUCCUCUUGAACUUGGGCUUUCCUCACUGUGUUGCUGCCAUAGCAACACUCCACACAGCUAUCAUUACCCCAUCCAACAACGCUUCUGACUAUAUCAACCCUGCUGGCUGGCUCUCAGUGAUGUCACAGGUAGAGGACGCCCCCAUGUUGUCCGUUUGUUGGAUGUCUUGGAUGAGGUUUGACUGUAUGAUCUUGUUUUUCUGUGGGGUUUUAGGUGGCUGUGAAUGGCCAAGGGCAGUUCUGGGAUGUGUGUGCCAGCUUUCCAGGAGGGACAGACCCAGCAGACAUCUUGCAGAACUCAUCAUUGUGGGCCACAGGAGCAGAGGGCAGACUGUCACCAGCCAAGCCGCCCAUCUUCAUGGGAAAACCACUAAAGUAAGUGUGAGAAAAAACAACACAAGGAUUGGGCCAGUGGGGUAACAUUGUUGCUUUUUUAUGACACACAAAUGAAAGCAAGACCAUCAAUUGCAAGAGUGAGAAGUGUAAAAGCAAAACUACCUUAGGGAGCCAUUGAAUUGAUUCUUUGCAUAGAAGGCAUACUGAAAAAUAAACCCAUUUCCUUCUCAGCCAAAUCAAGUUGAAGGAUCCCCCAAUUACGAUAGAAUACUUGUAAUUGGCUUGUACAGUAUCUUUUUAAUUUUGUUGAAUCUGGGUGGAGCUUGAAAUACUGCAAUUCUGAGUAUGUUAUAGAUGCAACAACUACAAUCUGUUACAUAUAUAUAUGUUCAGGUAUGUGCUGCUGGGAGACACCUGCUACCCUCUCCAGAGCUGGUUACUAAAAGCCUAUCCUGAGGAAAGAGGUCGAAGGGGGAGCCACACCUCCCUGACAAAGCAGCAACAGCUAUUUAACCAGCGGCUCACCUCGGCGUUGCGUGUUCCUCAGGAGGCGCUUCUGAGGCUGAGGGCGCGCUGGCAGUGCCUGAGCAAGAGGAACGACUGUGGCCUGGACGUGGUGCCCACUAUGAUCCUCGCCUGCUGCAUCCUACACAACGUGUGUGAGAGUCACGGAGAUGCCUUUAUGGCAGAGUGGCAGGAGGAGGUGGCAGCAGCCGAGAGCCCUCAUCCCAUCCACAAGCCGGUCCUCUCCAACAGUGUGGAUGAAAGUCAUGCUGAGGAAGUCCGACAACUGUUCUGUGACUAUUUUGAACAGUUGAAUGCCUGAAAAAAAAACUCAUUUUUAUAUAAACUGUAAAAACUUUGUAAAAAAUUGUACAAUAAUGUAACAUAUAACCUUUUUGACACUCUAGAUUGUACUUAAUAUGAGGUAAAGAUCCCAGUUUCCUUUAUCAAGUUUUAUCGACCCACAUCAUGUUCUAUGCUGUCUUACUGCCCAUAUUGUAAGCUUGUAACCAGUGUGUCUUGUAAUAGUGAUAGAGGGUAAAGUAGGUUUGGGUGGAUUUGAUAGCUGCAUGUAGGUGAAUAAGGUCAGUAAGAGUGGUCCUGGAAUUUGCAUGUUAUCUUUGUUUAGCGCAGGGGUUAUGAAUAACUAUCACAAAGUAGUGAUUUUUAAGGGAAUUCAUACGGUGAUAAGAAAUAUUAAGUCAGCUGGUCAUUUUUACUUACUCAAAAUCUGCCGUAUUUUGGUUCUCUCUCCUGCAGCUGUUAUUGUCUUCACCAGGGAAGAGUCACAUGCCCCAGGAAUGGGUGGCAAAGAAAAUAAGUUUACAGUUUCUAUAAAUGUAUAUUUUUUAGAACUUUUUGUUCAUGAAUGCCUAAUUUCAGUUAUUUAUUGCAUUUUCAUAUGGUCCCCUCGUGGCACUUUUUUCCCUCCGUUUGGAUAUUGCACAGUUAAAAAUAAAAGAAAACUACUUUGA